UGAUUCCAAAUUAUUUGCGAGUUGUACUACGGAAAUGUUGAUGAUAAAUUAGUAAUUCUUAAAUUAUUAAUUUUAGUGAUUAUAGUUGUAUAUUAUCUCUCAGUUUAAAUAAAAAUUGAUCGCAUAUAAUUAUUUUUUUAUCGAAAUUAAACUGUCAUAAUUCGACGGCCAUGAUGUCCUUAUUAUGUUGUACAAUAUCAGUAAACGUUAAAUGCAGUUCUAUUGAAAAUUGAACCAAACUAAACAAAACUCAUCAUGACUGCUAAAGAAAUUGAAGUUUCGGAAGAGUACUCCAAUGCAUUAGCAGAUCUCAACAUCAAUAGUAAACCAUUGAUUAACAUGUUAACAAUGCUUGCUGAAGAAAAUUCCGCUUAUGCUCCAAUCAUAGUUCAGUGUAUUGAAAGACAGCUUCAUAAGGUGCAGGCAGAAAGCAAGUUACCAGUGUUAUAUUUGAUUGAUUCUAUUAUCAAAAAUAUUGGGCAGCCGUAUAUACAGUUAUUUGUUCAAAAUAUUGAGCAUCUUUUUGCUAGCACAUUUUUAAAAGUUGACGAGAAAACUAGGACUAAUAUGUUCAAGUUACGCUCAACAUGGAAUGAAGUUAUACCUGCUAGUAAACUUCACUCAGUAGAUGUGGCAGUUAAUGCUUUGGAUAAAAAUUGGCCUGUUAGUGCUGCUCCAGUUAAUAUACAUGUUAAUCCUAAGUUUUUAAAUACUGUUAAUCCAUCUGAAAAAUCAGCAUCAAUUCAACCUGUUGUUUCGUCUGCUGUGAAAGAUCAAAGUGUAUUACAAAAGCAGCUUCUUAAAAAGCAUCAAGAACUAUUACAACUACAGCAAAAGAAGUUGGAGCUUGAAUUAUUACAUACUAAAAGUGAAUUAGAAAAGCAGCAAAAACAAAUAGACAAAUUGAAUAUAGCACCAAAAGAUGUUCCUAAUGUUUUUCCUAAUAUGCCAUUGUCAAGCAGUACAAAAAUUAAUCCAGUUAGUACACAGCUUUUACAAACUGUUCGGCAUAGAGACCCACGACUAAGAAAAACAGAAAAUUCUGCUAAAAUAACAUCAAACAACAACGAUAAACUUCCAUUAUCUAAAAAAAAAGAAGAAAAAAAAUUUGAUAAACUAAAACGUGAAAGUAACAAACAUCAUGAUUUGAGAAAAAAAGAAAGAAGUCGAUCACCAGUUAAGAAAGAGGCUGGAAAUAAAUUGAAUAAGAAAUCUGACUACAAAGAAAAAAGUCCUAAAGAUGACAAAUAUCAUAAGCGAAAAGAUGAAAAGAAAACCAAAGAUUUGGAUAGCAAGAAGAAAGGUACAAUUGCUAUUAUUAAUAGUCAAGUGAAUAAACCAGUAUUAAAUGUUCUUUCAUCUCCUCAAAAAGACAUAACUGUCAAUGAUGCUAAUUCAAAUCUUUUUGAAGAUUCUAAGAAAGACAUUUCUGAACCAUUUUACACUUCUGUUGCCAAAGAGUGUGUGACUGAAUCGACAAUUAUUUCAGCACUUAAAGUUGAUAAUUUAGAUGUAGAUAUUAUAAAGUCAGUCCCAGCUAUUUGUGAUUUGAGUAAGAAAGAUUCAAAUAUAGAAGAUUCAGAUUCUUUAAAACGACUUCACAUGUAUAUGCAAACUAUGAAGAAAUCUCCGGAACCAUCAACUUCUGUAAUAACCUCUACAGAAAUGAAUGACAAAAUUAUUCCAGUCUUAAAUUCGAAUAAAAGUAUUCUUGCAGACGUUUUAAUCACACCACAAAAUGACAUAGACCUAAGAGUUAUAGCCCCAACAAACAAGAGAACAACUUCCGAUGCAAUCAAAGUUGAUGAUAAUGAACCAAUGGCUAAGAAAAGCAAAUCUGAAAUUAUUGACGAACUUUUUGGUGCAGAAGAUGUAGAUUUGCGUACAUUAACAACACCCACUAUUGUACCUUCUCCGCCAUAUAUAACGGAAACAAUCAAACAAGAAUCGGGAAAAUCGUGGGCGAAAUAUAAAGAAAUUAAACCAGAUACUUUUAAAACACCAUAUAAAUCACCAACAAAAAAAAUGCCUGGUGUAGUCAGUGAACAUUUAAUAGAAACUCAAGAUGUUUUAGAUGUAGAUAUGAGGUCUAAAACGGUACAAAGUAACAGUAGUCUUAUCCUCAAACAAGCUGAAGAAGCAUUAAAUGCUGGAAAUAUAUCUUUUGAUGAAUAUAAUAAAAUUAUGUGUCAGGUGCUUAAAAUGACAGAGGUUGAAAAGUUAGAGGAAGCUAAGAAAAAUGAUGAUAAGAAUUUGAAAUUGAAAAAAUAUGUUAUACCUAAAAUCUCUCAAUCAUGCGGUGAAAAUGGAUUAAGUAUACAAACUAAAUUAGAAGCUGGUAAUGACACAAUUCCAGUUUCUAAUUUAGAUUUGCAAAGUAAGGCCAGUGUUCAACCUCCAACUAGUGAUGAACUAAUAAGUUGUAAUCAAGUUACAGAAGAUCAAUCUAAAAGUAUAGAAAAUAAUAAAAUAUCUUAUUUAGGAAAUGAAAAAGAUAAUAAACCGAUGGAUAUAGAUGAAAGAGUAAAUUUAAAACCAUUAGUAGGUGAAAUUUUUCCUAGUACAGGACCAUGGAAUAUUCUUAAUAAAAAACAUAGUGAUGGCAGUGUUAGUGGAAGUGAAAGUGAUAGUUCUUCUAAAAGUACUUCUUCUGAAUCUGAAGAAUCAAAAAAAAAUCCUAGAAAAUUGGACUCUGACGAUCGGUCAACAUUUAAGAAGCGAAAAAACUUUAGACGAAAUGAGAAAGAUAUCACCAAGGGAAGUCGUAAUUGGAAGAAUAACAAAAAUUGGAAUACAAGACCAGAUAAUGGACUUAGAUUUACCCAGAAUAGAGUAGAACCUUGGUCAAGAGGACCCCGGCCUAAUUAUUCACAUUCUUCUAGGUCUCUAGUGCCACCUCCAAUGUAUGAGGUACCAAGACCUACUGCUCCAUUUGCUUCAUCAACACCUGAUUGGACUGUACCUGUUAUUCCCCCUUCAGAUCCUGUAAUAUUAGAUAUGAUAGCAAACGACCCUACCCAAACAAUUAACAUUGAUGGAGUUUCUAGAGAAAUACGAUUUUAUGGUCCCACUGCAAUUACUUUUGUUUCAUGGGAUGAUCCUAGAGAAAUAUAUUUUCAAGGACCACCAAGAAAUGUAAUAUUUGAUGACCUUUUUUCAGUUCUUUGUCAUUUUAAUGCUCCUGAUCGAGAAUUUCUAUUAGAUGGCCAACCUCAUAGAGUACGUUUGGGGGCUCCUACCAGAGAAAUUUACUUGGAUGGUAAUUUCUAUGAAUGCUUUUUUGGUGGUCCUCCAAUAUACACUGAACUCGGAGCAGUUAAAAGAUCUAUUAAAUUGGAAGGGCCUCCUCCUUCUGUUAAUAUUGGUACUACAAAACGUGUAGAUUUAGUUGCUGGACGAAUUGCUAUUAUAAUUGAUAACAACUUUACAGUACCAGUUUACUUAGAUGCUAAACCACAAAGAAUUGAUGUAGGAAACACAGCACUUAUUCUUCGAUUUAUUGAUGGCCUAAUGAGAGCAUUGAUUAAUGAUCAGCCAUUUAAAGUUAAUUAUAAUGGACCUCCGCAGGCAAUAAUUGUUAGGGGGAAAAAACAUUAUUUGAGAUUUACAGGAUUGCCAUCAAAUAUUAGACCUGGUUAUGCUGCAAUUUCUCAAAUGAUGGGUGUUGUACUAACUGAAGAUACUGCUGCUGAAACCUUACCACCACUACCAGCUCCACCUAUACCAUCUAAAUUUACUGGUUUUGAUAUGCCAUUAACAUCGGUGGAAGAUAUAAGCCAACCUCCACAAUCAUUUACUUCUUCAACAUAUUCUUUGAUUCCACCUUCUUCAUUACCAGCUGUUAACUUGGUACCUAGUGUAUUACCACAAUUGGAAGUAGUUUCUAGUUCUUUUGCCACACCUGCUGUUCCCACUGCACCUGUAUUACCUAGCAAUAUGGAUAUAAAUGAAUUAUUUAAAAAACUUGUAGAUAGUGGAAUUGUUCCCAAAGAUAAACCACAAGAAAUAAUUCAAUCAAAAAUUGUUAGAAAAGAGAAAAACGAAGAAAAUUUGGCUGUGAAACCUGUAGACUUUUCUGAUCCUUCAACUUUAAAACAGAAACAACCAGGAUUAAUACAUAAUUUGUACACUGGUAUUCAAUGUAGUUCUUGUGGUAUUCGUUUCACUGCUGAAUAUACUGUCAAAUAUAGUAGUCAUUUAGAUUGGCAUUUUAGACAAAAUCGGCGUGAAAAAAUGGCUAGUAAAACGGUACAGUCAAGGAAGUGGUAUUAUGAUACUAGCGAUUGGUGUAAAUAUGAAGAACAAGAGGAUGAGUCAACUAGAGCUGCUAGUUGGUUUGAAUUACAAAGUGAGGAGGGGGUUAAAGAAGAAGAGCAACAAGAAGAAGAAAAUGUACCAUGUUUUCCAGCUGGAGAAAAUAGUGAACUUGCAGCCUGUUAUUUGUGUCAUGAUCAGUUUGAGCAAUUUUACAGUGAAAAAGAUGAAGAGUGGCAACUUAGAAAUUGUAUUGAAAAGGAUAAACGUCUUUAUCAUCCUAUGUGUUAUGAUGAUAUGAUUAAAACAAGAGAAGAGAAAAUUCGUAAACGAAAUGAAGCCAUUGAAGAAGCUAAGCAAUUAGAAAUUAAAAAAAUUGAACUUCAAAAAGAACAGCAACUAGAAGGAGAAAUUCUGAAAAAGAUAAAAGAAGAAACUUUGAAGAAUAUAAAAGAAGAAGAAAUAAAAGUUAAAUCUGAACAAAAUAUAAAAGAAGAAAUUUUAGAAAAUAUUAAAAAAGAUGAAAUAUCUAUAAAAGUAAACAGUGAAAUUUUGCAUUCUGAUGAAAACAAUGCAGAUAUUAAAAUAAAUAAAAAUGUCUUUGACGAUGUAGAAAUUCCAGAAACUAUGGAGAUAAUUCAUUCAGCUACUGAAGUAUUAUCACCAAAAGUUAAAGAUGAGCCUAUUGAAAAUAAUAAUACUCCACUUCUUACUGAAUCAGAAGUAUUUACUGAAGAACCAAUAAAAUCUAAAUCUCCAUCUCCUGUUUCAACUAUGACAUGUUCAAUUGAUGGAAAUACAGAUACUGAAUGGAAUGUACCUGUUGCACCUGCAAUGGGUACCAUUAAAAUAAACAUAAAUCAAAAAGCUACAGCUAUUAUUAAACCAUUAAAACCAACUGUAGAAGUAUUAUCUACUAUUGUAGAACCAAAGUCUCCUCAAGAUUUUACUCCGACAUUUGGUGAAAUUGAUCCAGACCAACCUCCACCACCUGGACUUGAAAUGGAAACAGUUGUUAUACCUUUAAAACCCAAGCGAGAACUAAAACCUAGAUUACUGAAUAAUGUUAAGAAACUCAAAGAAUAUCCAGCUGUCAAUAAAGGUAAGGAAAUGUCGGGCCUGUGUUCUAUUAUGUGAUUAUCCUCCUUAUUCUUGUGUUGAUCGUCUUCUAAUAUAUAUAUAUUUAUGUAUAUAAAUACAUUUUAGAAUUUUGUAAAUUUAUAAUUUAAAAUGAAAAUGUGAUAUAUACAUAUAAGAUAAGAAAAUAUUUAUGUAAAUAUUGUAGUAUACAUAAUAGCUUUAGUUCACCCUGUUGUUUUUUUUUACCAAAAAUAAAUUAUAAAUUUUUAUAUUCAUGUAUUACGUUUUGUCCAUCAAAAUAAUUUCCUUGUACAUACAUAAAAUCAUAGUUAGAUUUCUUUUUUAAUCAAACGAUCAAAUGUUUCACUUUACAGGGUAUAUUUAACAGCAUCAUCUUAGUAUCGUUAGCAUUGAAAAUAUUUAUAGUAAUGUGUAAUAUUAUGUACAAUAAAAAUUAACAAUUCUUAGAUCAAUAUUGAAGUCAUGAACUAAUUAAAUAAAUUAAGUUACAUUUUAA